UGUUGGUCCUGCCCGCUUUGCCGCGGACUGCCAUGCCAUGCCAUUUCGUUUUCAUUGGCGAGGUUGCGACGAACUUGCAUGUCCGUGGUGGUGCUCCUGAGCUUGCUGAUCAAAACAGUGGGCGGGCAACAAGAAGAGCGUCAUUCGUUUUGCUCUGUGACGUGACCAGCAGGUCUUGUCCCCGUCUCCUGCUCAGCCCUGCCAGCUCCACCACCAUGAAUCAAUCGUCCAUGGCCCCGGUUCGCUUGGAAGAGCAAGCCCUGUGCGCGUGCGUGCGUGCGUGCGUGCGUGCGUGCGUGCGUGCAUGUAUUACUAGCACUUGCCUAUGCAGUCAGCCAGCCAGCGUUCGUUGAGACUUGGCUCUCCUCCUUCUGACCCCGCGGCAUCUGAGGCAAGAACGAGGUCUGGCGUGCGAUGCGGCUUUAUUUGUCAUGCCCAGCUUCUUCUGGUGGUCUGUGCAGGCACAUCUCGACGCAAGAAAUACGCACACACAUACAGUAUACAGGCACACACUCCUCGUUCCGGCCGAUCGACAUACGCAAAAUUGUCACCGCCAACGCUCCUGUUGCUGCCGAACCGAAAUCUAGGCGGGUAUUGGCAAUCACCGACUUCAACAUGGGCCCCCCCCACGGCUCUCAUCAAAUGCCUCGACAAAUACGCCAAGCAGCCAAUCGUGGACUGCGAGCGGCGUUGCCUCGACGUGGGAAGCAACGCGGAAGCGUCACGUCUGUACGACCACUACGUGCGUAGUCGAUACGUUAUCGAGCGCGCCCCCCUGUCAAGCUUGACACCGUGUGCUACGAGAGGACGCGGCACCACCAGGUGUCGGGCACUGUAUCGCCGAGGUGACGAUUUAGGUGGCGCCGUCUCUUGUGGGCUCCAUCCCGCAGAGCAGAUCACCUCGAUGGCGCGGGACGGCAGAUCCGCAAUGACGCCAGCCACGACGUCCAUCCACUCGGCCUCGAGAGACGGGCAACGGGGCCGCAUUAUUACGGCGUCGCCGUCGUCGUCGCCUGCACGCCGGUGCCACAUCGGUAUGUUGUUGGAAUCACCAUCAUCAGCUUUCGUCUCGCGCAGAGACGGUCGGUCGGUCCACUUCCCGCUCGGGCCGGGUGCCGGGCGCGGUGCAAUCCGUCAUCUCUUUUUACCACAGCAACCGUGCGUCGUGCGCGGUUGGGCUUGUCGAUGUGUACGUGCGUAUCUGCUGCUACUACUCUAACCACGAUUCACCAUUACAUUAGUACUGUACGACGUGCUUCGUACGUACGUGCAAAGGAAGUUGCUGCCUGUGCUUUAUUACUCACCCACGAUGUUUGUAUUUCUCAUAUCCAUGGACUAUCGCCCGCCCCUCUCCUCUCUUUGCAUCUGACGGGCAGGAUGUGUCGCUGCCAUCAUCUCGGCAACUGAUGAAGGCACACAACCGGCAAAGCCUAGUGCAUGCCCUCAGCUCGCUGCUAAUAAGGCAGGCCAGGUACUAACUAACGUACAGAGAGCCAAGGGUGCCACUUUCAGGCAGGGUACCGGCCCUGUUGCUGGGACGGACGACGCACCAACUGUUCCUUUGAGUACGCAAGCAGAGGUCUAAUGAGCGAAAGCAGCUUCGUAUUGACCUACCCAAGUGCCUACUUGCCUACCUACCUAGGUAAAAAAUACAUGGACCCUGCCCUGGCACGUAGCGAAGUACCUGCUACAAGGUAAGGUACCAAUGCAUCUUUUUUCUUUUUAUAGACUCGACUACAGGUAAGGUAGUAGAUGGAUGAGCACACACCAGACGACGAAGGUUUUGACAUGGCCCCUUCCUUUCCCUUUCUGUCCGGUCCGUCACCCUCACGAGCUCGCGAGCAGCAAGACAGGACAGGGAAGAAACGCACGCCACGGUCGGCCCCGUGCGUGCUGCACACAGCCCUGGCGGAAAGAGGGGGAAUUGGGGGGGGAGUGGGAGUGGAGGCGAGGGGAGCGGGAGGCAGAGCGCUUCUUCCGAAACUGCUGGGCUCCAGCAGCAGGAGCAGCAGGUCUGUGCUACCUUAGUACUAGGUAGGUAGUAAGUUAGUAGCUAGCCGGCAGGGGAUGGGAUUGCAGUGUUGCACGUACUUCAUACACACAUUGUAGAGGUACCUAGCGCAUCAUUUAGUGUGCCUUACGAAG